AUGUCUUUUUUAUUAAAGUCUUCAGUUGUGACGGCGCUAUAUGUGUCUCGAUCAUUGGCAGCCAGAAAGGUGAUACCUACUGCCUGUAGGCUUUCUCCUGUUGUAUACAGACUUACAAAACCAAACCAGAUCAGACUCUACUCUGAUAAAAAGGGUGGUGCCAAUAGCUCUACUAAGGGAAACGACAAAUUUUCAUCCAUUUUGAACGAUGAUUUGUUAGAGAAAGCUGGUUUAGACACCGAUAAGUCAAAAUCAGACAAAGCAGCGGAUGCUAAAGCAAAGGAAACGGAGUCGAAUGAAGAACAAGAUACCACAGGCGAAGAUGAUGAAUUUGCUAAGACUAAGAAAAGAAGAAACAAUACGAAAUCCACAAUUGAUAAGAAGAAAGAGAGAUAUUCCAGAUUGUUCUGGUGGUCGUCAUUAGGUGCUGGCAUAGCCUUUGGCAUGUACCUCUGCAGAGACUGGGACCAAGAAAAAGAACCGGACUUAUAUAGAGAGGAUGAAAAUGGUUAUACUCUUAAGAAAAUGUGGACUAGACUCCAUAAGAGAGUGAGUGGAGUGUCUGAGGUUUUCAGUGAACCUGCUUUCAAUGACUUGCUACCACCACCACCACCCGAACCCUAUAGACAUCCACUUACUUUGGUUGUGGAAUUAGAUGACACUUUGAUCCACUCUAAUUGGGACCAUACGAAGGGCUGGCGAACUGCCAAGAGACCCGGCGUCGACUACUUUCUCGGAUACUUGUCUCAGUACUACGAAAUCGUUGUGUUCUCUAAGUCUUCGAUGGCCUUUGCUGAAGGACCGGUUGGAAAAUUGGAUCCAUAUCACGCCUUUAUCUCAUAUUCAUUGUUCCGCGAAGUGUGCAGAUCUAAGGAUGGUAAAGUCGUUAAGGAUUUGAGUAUGAUGAACAGACCUUUGAGUAAGCUGAUAAUGAUUGAUCCCCAUGGAGAUUGUGCCUCUUUACAGCCCGAAAAUAACAUUCCAUUAGACAAGUGGAAUGGUAGUAAGGAUGACAGGCUCAUUGCUCUAAUUCCUUUCCUCGAAUACGUGGCCACCACUCCUGUAAAUGAUGUUAGAAAGGUUCUUGCAUCUUUCCAGGAUAAGAAAAAGAUCCCUGAAGAAUUUGCUCUACGAGAACACAAGUUACGGGAGGCCUGGAAGGAGGAGCAAAAGGUUAGACAAGAAAACUCUUUUCUAUCCAAGGUUCUUGGCAUUCCACCUGCAUUGAGAUACCAAAGAAAAAUGCCUCUAGAUUUGAUCAGAGAGGCAGGACAGAAGAAUUACGAAAACAUGUAUACAUAUUUGAAGGAGAAUGGUGAUAAGAUGUUAAAGGAGGAGGAACAGAAGACUAAAGAAAUGCUUGCCGAUCAGAAGUUGACUCUAGGCAAGAUUGUUACCGAGGGUAUGCCAACUGCCGAGGACAUCGCUAAGCAGCAGGCAGACGCUGCAGAGAAAACGCAGUAA